AUGAAUGAGCAGGUUUGCAAAAUCUGUGGCACCAAAGAAGCAAAAUAUAACUGCCCAAGAUGCAACAUGAUGUACUGUUCCGUUCAGUGCUACAAAGCACAGCAACAUGUGGAAUGUUCGGAAGGCUUUUACCGCGAGAAUGUGGUACAGGAGUUAGCACUACGGAAAGCUGAUGCUAAGGCUGCGCAAUCUAGCAAAACUAUGUUGGAAAUACUGCAGCGAGUAGAACAAAUGGAUUCAAUGCAGGACGAAGAAUCAUCAUCAACCGAGGCCGCAUCCGACGUUGAAGAUGCAGACCAACAGCUCGAUUCGGAUGACGAAGCACAGGAGGUAGAGCUGGCAAACAGACUGAAGGGAAUCAAUUUGGACAAUGCAGCAGAAGUGUGGGAUCGAUUAACCGAUGGUGAAAAGGAAGAGUUUCAACGGUUUCUCGAGAAUGGAGAUAUUGCGAAAAUGCUGCCCGAUCCAAACAUUUGGUGGGCGAAGGAGUACAGAGUGGAUUUAGUUCAGGCGGCCGAAGAACCAUCAGAGCAGGAGCAAAAGAUGUUUGAAGAUUGUCCAAAAAUAUCGACCAACAUCGCUAAGCUAUCGGACAUCCUACAAGAUGCACCUUCGCCAACGGUGCGACAUAACAUUGCCAAUGUGCUAGCGGCAUAUUCAUUCGUGUAUCGGUACUUCCUGGGAGAUAUUCAUGAAGAUGCACUAGAAACAGUCGACUGUAUGCUGGGAAUAUGCGUUAAUCUUAAGAAGAGUGGCAUCUUCGACUCAGAACUGAUGGCCGUAACUUCCGUGGUCAGUGAGUGCUGCAAUGAACAGCUCCCGACGGAUAACGAAACUUUGGGUGUACUGAAAACGGACGUACAAACGUUGUUCAUGGGCCCGAAAGGAUGUGGUGAAAAGUAUAGAAGAUUAUUCCUUCUUUCAGCCUUGUCCGACAUACGUACACUAUUGAGCAAUGCUAAACGGGCGCUGAAAAAUGCAGAUAAAAAAGUUGAAGAAAGCCAUAAACUUAAAACGAAUCAGAUUAAAACGGACGGGACCGAUCUGAAGCACGUCAAUGCUCCGUUGCUGAGAAGUUGUGUGAAAAAAAUGGAGUUUUAUCUAGCGUACGCUCGCUCUUCGUAUUUCUAA